CUUCCUCCCUGUGGCAGGGGAGGGUGCAGCUCCUGCGGGCAGGAUGGAGACCCUGAGGACCCGGACGGUGCAGGAGCUCCAGGAGCUGCAGGAGAACACGGAGGAGAUCGAGCGCCUGGCGCUGGAGUCCCAGGAGGUCCAGGAGCUGCAGCUGGAAAGGGAAAUGUCCCUGGCUGCCAACAGGAGCUUGGCUGAGCAGAACCUCAAGUUCCAGGCGCCGCUGGAGACGGGGCGCACGGAGCUGGGCAGCAAGUACGAGGAGCUGCAGAAGCUGGCUCAGAGGUGCCAGGAGCAAAAGGCAAAGCUGGAGAAGUUCUCUGCAGCACUGCAUCCCCAGACCUUGCUGGAUCUCCUGCAGGUGGAAAGCCAGAAGAUUGAAGAGGAGUCUGAGCAAAUGGCUGAGAAGUUCCUGGAGGGCGCCGUGCCCCUGGACACCUUCCUGGAGCAGUUUUCCAGCAUGAGGAAGCUGUCCCACUUGCGCCGGGUGAGGGUGGACAAGCUCCAGGAGAUCCUGAGGAAGUCGGGAACGCCGCAGGAGCCUCAGGAGCAACCAGCUCCUCAUGGACCUGUGCCCACAGAAACCCCAAAGCCUUCAGCAGCUCCUUCCUUCCCCCUGCCCUACAGCCCAGCCCCAAGUGUGCCAGCUGGGCCCACAGCGCAUGGAGCUCUGCCCCCUGCUCCCUUCUCUGGCUCCCCAGUCGCCAUGGGGAACGCUGCUCCAGCCCAGCCCACCUUUCCCUAUAAACCUCCUCCAGCCCCAGCUGCUGAAGCCGGCUAUCCCAAACCCCCCUCAGGAGGCUCUGCUCCAGCCCCGGGUUAUUCCUGGUCUCCAUCCAGGGGCCCACCUCAGCCCCCCCCUUUUCCUGGCUCUCAUCCCCCUCCUCUUCCACCCCCCCCCAGACCCGGAUACCCUCCCUUCUUCCCGCCUGGAGCAGCGAGGCCCCAGUGUCCGUACCCAACCCAGCCUCCUCUCCCGAACUUCCCAAUCCCCCCCCAACCUCCUUAUCCUCCUGGAGCACCUCCACCCUUUGGAUUCCCCCCACCUCCCAAUCCCCAGCGCCCUGCUUGGCCUGGCUACUAAACGUGGGACUCCUG